AUGAGCACUUCGAAUGCACGUGCCUCUGACGCCACUCCCGACGGGAUGACCGCUAACCGGAGAAUUAUCAAUGUCACCCAUAUGAUCCCUUACGACCCUCACAUGAAGGUCUCGGAAACGGAGGGCUUGCAGUGGUCAUUGACAACGCGAAGAGGUCAUUCCGCUCUCUACUCGGGUAUUCGUUCGUUGGACUCCGAGUGGAAUAAUUAUCACGUGGGUUUCAUAGGUCCGGUGUUUGAAGGGGACAAGCAGUUGGAGCCAUGCCAGCUCACCAGCGAAAUCAAGGAAAGCUUGGAGGAACAUUUGGCUAAGGCAAAGAUUGCUCCUGUGUGGCUCGAGGAUUCGGAACAUCACGGUCACUACGAAGGAUUUUGUAAAACCGUGCUGUGGCCACUAUUCCAUUAUAUCUUGUGGGAAAAUGCGACCGACGGCCGCGAGGAGAAGAUCAACUGGGAACAAUAUUUAAAGGUGAAUUCAAGGUUCACCGACAAGAUUUGUAAGAUCUAUCAACCCGGCGAUCUAGUUUGGAUACACGAUUAUCACCUUCUGAUGGUACCUCAAAUGUUGCGCGAGAGAAUCCCAAAUGCGGCGAUCGGUCUAUUCAUUCAUGCCCCCUUCCCGAGUUCGGAAAUCUUUCGGUGCCUACCAAGGCGAAAAGAGGUAUUGAACGGAAUGUUGGGUGCCAAUCAAAUAGGAUUUCAGGUACAAUUUAAUUCGGGCGUGUUUCAACAAUUCGCCCAUUCGGCUACUACUACCCUUUCGGAUAGACAUGACAUCGCGCUCAAACGCUCCAAUUGUACGCGCAUUCUCGGAUACGAAUCGACUCCCGGCGGUGUCGAUUGUAAAGGAUCAAUAGUUUCGGUCGGACCAUUUCCGAUUGGCAUUGACACCGAACGGAUCGAAAGGCAAAGGAAGCAACCCGAAGUUUUACAAAGAGUUGCCGCGAUCAAGGAAAUGUUUCCGGGAAAGAGGAUCAUCAUCGGCAGGGACAAAUUAGAUUUGGUCAAGGGCGUAAUUCAAAAGUUGCGUGCUUUCGAUAAAUUCCUGUCGUUAUAUCCUGAAUGGCAAAAUAAGGUGGUGCUCAUCCAAGUCACAUCUCCCGCACUCACCGAGUCACCGAAACUUGAGCGUAAGGUCGCAGAGCUCAUCGCUCACAUAAAUGCCACCUAUGGAUCUUUAGAGUAUAUACCGGUUCACCACUAUCACAACAACACUGGCGAGGCUGAUUACUUCGCGUUGCUGAGUAUGGCCGACAUAGGCCUGAUCACCUCGGUGCGCGACGGAAUGAACACCACCUCACUGGAAUAUAUAAUGUGUCAACAGGAAAACUAUGGGCCAUUGAUAUUGAGCGAAUUCACGGGUAUGGCCGGAUCACUGAGCGCUUCGAUUAUGGUGAACCCCUGGGAUUAUACUGGUGUCGCCAGGGCUAUCGACGAUGCCCUUCGAUUGCCUACCGAAGAAAAACGACUUAAACACAAGCAAUUGCUAAAGCACGUGACAAGUCACACGGCUCAAUUCUGGGCGAGAUCGUUUAUCAAAGAGCUCUUGACCAGCAUAAGCAACCGAGAUCAAUCAAAUGUAACACCGUAUUUGGAUAUGCCAACGCUGUUGAAGAAAUACAACACUCCAAGUCAGGCAAUACCAUCGCCUCAAAUGCUUGAACUACUACAGAAACUUACCAAUGAUCCCAAGAAUACGGUUUGGGUAGUAUCAGGAAGGGAUCAAGAAUCAUUGGAUAGUUGGUUGGGACAGGUAAAGAAACUUGGCUUCAGCGCCGAGCACGGUUCCUUCUUAAAGAAUCCAGAUAGUGACAAGUGGAUUAAUCUCACUGAAGACAUAGAUAUGUCGUGGAAAAAUGAUGUCGACGAAAUAUUCACAUACUACACCGAACGAACACAAGGUUCGUCUAUCGAGUAUAAACGAUCAUCAAUCACCUGGCAUUAUCGAAAGGCGGAUCCGGAGUAUGGCGCGUUCCAAGCUAAAGAAUGUCAAAAUCAUCUCGAAAGUGCAAUCUUAACAAAAUUGCCUGUGGAGAUCUUGGCCGGCAAGAAGAAUUUAGAAGUACGUCCCACGUUGGUCAACAAGGUGAGCUCCAUCAGAUCGAAAUUGAGAAUGUGA